UCAUAAUUGUGCUUCAUGAAAGAUGGGUACCACAGAGUUCUUCAUGGUCUUAAUCUGUACGCAAUCUCUGCUGUAAAUGCCUUAAGAGCUCUACAGGAAGUGUGGAAUAACACACCGCUAAGUUGGGUUGGGACAGAUCCAUGUGGAAAAAGUCCUUGGGAAGGAAUUAACUGCACAAAUUCACGCAUUAUAUCCAUAACAUUAGGAGGCAUGGGCAUAAUUGGCCAACUUACUGGAGAUAUCGCUUCGCUGGAUGGAUUACAAUCAUUGGAUCUUUCAAAUAACAAGGGCUUAUCGGGGCCUAUUCCUCCAUCAAUUGGAAAGUUGACUAAGUUGUCAAUUUUAAUUCUGAAGGGUUGUAGUUUUUCGGGUCCAAUUCCAGACACCUUAGGAUCAUUAAAUCGACUCACCUUUCUGUCUUUAACUUCAAACAGUCUAAGUGGGCUGAUUCCUCCAUCGCUUGGUAACUUGAAUGAGCUUGAUUGGCUUGAUAUUGCUGAAAAUAGGCUCACUGGAACUAUCCCCGUCUCUAAUGCAACUUCUCCCGGUCUUGAUCUAUUGGUUAACGCGAAACACUUUCAUUUUGGAGGGAAUCAACUUAACGGCACAAUCCCAUCUACACUUUUCAAUUCAAACAUGAAUUUGAUACUCCUGCUCUUUGAGAACAACCAGUUCACAGGAAGCAUUCCUUCUACAAUAGGAUUUAUGAGUAGCUUGGAAGUGCUCCGUCUCGAUGGGAACAGAUUAAGUGGAACCGUGCCACCAAACAUCGGAAAUCUCUCUGCUGUUCGAGAGAUUUACUUGUCCAACAAUCAACUGACUGGACCCAUCCCUAAUCUUAAAACCCUGACUGUUCUCAAUUCCUUGGAUUUGAGUAAUAACUCGUUCGAUACGACAAGUUUUCCCUCUUGGUAUUCAAGUUUAUCAUCUUUGGUGAUUCUGACAAUGGAAAACACACAAAUUACAGGUCAAGUUCCUCCAGCAGUUUUCAACCUUCUUCUGCUACAAUCUGUUGUCCUGAGAAACAACAAGCUAAAUGGGACUUUGGAUUUGAGUUCAAUCUCCAAUAGCGAAUUGAAACUUGUGGAUAUGCAGAACAACAACAUUAUUUCUUAUAAAGAGAUACCUCCUCACAUAGGUUUUCAGAUAACACUUGUUGAAAAUCCCGUAUGCAAAGGAAUUGAAAAAACAUAUUGCCACCCUUUACAACCUAAUCCUUCUUAUUCAUCACCGCCGAAUGAUUGUAACCCUCCAAUGUGUUCGAAUGAUCAAGUUUCAAGUCCCAACUGUCAAUGUGCAUAUCCAUUCACAGGCAACUUUACUCUCAGAGCUCCUGUAAUCGUGGGUCUUGGAAACUCGUCUAUCUAUUCAAUACUCCAGAGCUCAAUCAUGAUUAAUUUCACUUCCUACAGCCUUCCUGUGGAUUCAGUUUCUAUAAGCAAUCCAAUCAGAGAUGCAAAUAACUACCUGAUACUUAACUUGGGAUUUUUCCCUGUUGGCACAAACCGUUUCAAUCGAACCGGAAUUUUUUCGAUAGAGAGUGCCCUAAACAACAAAAUUUAUAGGACACCGAAGACACCGAUCAAUUUUGGACCUUACAUCUUCAUCAGUGAACAAUACACUCACUUUCAAGAUUCUGCUUCAAGCAAGUCCCAUUAUAGUAUUAUAAUUGGGGCAUCCAUUGGUGGGUUUGUUCUUGUCAUGCUGGCUAUCCUUGCAGGAGUUUAUGCUUUCCGUCAAAAGAAAAGAGCUGAAAAGGCUGACAAGCAGAACAAUCCUUUUGCUUCUUGGAUCCCUGACAAAAGUAGUGGUAACAUUCCUCAGUUGAAAGGAGCCAAGGCAUUCACUUUCGAAGAGGUGAAGAAAUAUUCGAAUAAUUUCUCCGAGGCCAAUGAUAUUGGCUCUGGUAGUUAUGGCAAGGUGUAUAUUGGAACGCUUCCAAAUGGGAAAAUGAUUGCAAUUAAAAGAGCAAUGAAAGGAUCCAUGCAAGGAGCAGUUGAGUUCAAAAGUGAGAUUGAGCUUUUAUCAAGGGUCCACCACAAGAAUGUCGUUAGCCUGGUUGGAUUUUGUUACGAUCGAAGCGAGCAAAUAUUGGUUUAUGAGUAUAUCCCAAAUGGUACUCUAAAAGAUAGCCUUUCAGGAUUCAAAUUGGAUUGGGCAAGAAGGCUUCGGAUAGCUCUCGGGGCAGCUAGAGGAUUACAAUAUUUACAUGAACUUGCUGAUCCUCCAAUCAUACAUAGAGACAUUAAGUCCAAUAAUAUUUUACUAGAUGAUCGCUUUAAUGCUAAGGUUGCAGAUUUCGGUCUCUCCAAGGCUAUUGGAAACCCUGACCAAACACAUAUCACUACUCAAGUCAAAGGCACUAUGGGAUACAUGGACCCAGAAUACUACAUGACGAAUCAGUUGACUGAAAAGAGCGAUGUUUAUAGCUUUGGAGUGACGUUGCUUGAACUGGUAACUGCUAAACAACCGAUAGAAAAAGGUAAAUACAUAGUAAGAGAAGUGCGACAAAGAAUGGGAAGCAACAUUCAAGAAGUUAUUGACCCUUUCCUGUUGGGCACAACAGUACUGAACGGUUUGGAGAAGUUUGUUGAUGUUGCAUUGAGAUGUGUUAUUGAGACUGCAGACGAGAGACCGACAAUGGGACAAGUGGUGAAAGAAAUGCCAAAGAUCAUAAUGCAAUUGGCUGGCUUGAAUCCUGAAGUUGAGUCCCCGGUUAUGUUUGAAAACUACGAAUGGAAUAGCCAAAGAUUUAACCAUCCUUACAAUGAUGAAAGCCCCUUUGUUUAUAGUUGGGUUUUCCCUCAUUCACCUCUAGAACCAAAGUAAGGAAGGAAAACAGUUCAUUUAC